UCAUCACAUCCAUCAUGGCCCCCCAUCCCCACCCUCACCCCACUCCUUCUUAUGACCUAACAAUUUCUGUAUAUAACAAAACAAAUUGCCUCCUCCAUUGAAAAAGAAUUUUCAAUUUUGAGGGGUUUUUAAUCUUUUAUCAUGGCUAGUGGCCUGAUUAAAAGAACAAGAAUGUUUCAAGAUUCUCACCCAAAACGACACAUUAUAAACUAUAAAACGACACCCUUUUGACCACUCUUCAAAUAGCAACCACCCAUAUUAUAUAUAGAAGAAAAAAAAUAAUUAGGGAAUCCAUCAAUCUUCUUAUACAAAAAAAAAAGUCUGCAACCUCAAAUACUAAAACUCCAUUUGUUCAUCAACACAACUAGGUCAAAAAAUUGAGUGAAAAUUUGAAAAAAAUGGACCAGAAUGUGUUGGAUGAUAUAAUAACUAGGCUUCUUGAAGUAAAGGGUAAACCAGGGAAGCAAGUUGUGUUGACUGAGGCUGAGAUUAAGCAGUUGUGUUUGGUUGCUAAAGAGACUUUCUUGAGACAGCCUAAUUUGUUGGAACUUGAAGCCCCCAUCAAGAUUUGUGGUGACAUUCAUGGUCAAUAUUCUGAUCUUCUGCGGCUUUUUGAGUAUGGUGGAUUGCCGCCUCAAUCAAACUAUUUAUUUUUAGGGGAUUAUGUUGAUCGUGGCAAGCAGAGCUUAGAGACUAUAUGUCUUCUACUUGCAUACAAGAUAAAAUAUCCUGAAAACUUCUUCUUGCUUCGGGGAAAUCACGAAUGUGCUUCCAUAAACCGCAUAUAUGGAUUUUAUGAUGAAUGUAAGAGAAGAUUUAAUGUUAGAUUAUGGAAAAUCUUCACAGAUUGCUUCAAUUGUCUGCCGGUCGCUGCUUUAAUAGAUGAAAAGAUUCUAUGUAUGCAUGGAGGCCUCUCUCCUGAUUUGAACCAUUUAGACCAAAUCAGAAAUCUCCAGCGCCCAACUGAUGUGCCAGAUGCUGGUUUGCUCUGUGAUUUGCUUUGGUCUGAUCCUAGUAAAGAUGUUCAGGGAUGGGGAAUGAAUGACCGGGGAGUUUCAUACACUUUUGGUGCAGACAAGGUGACAGAAUUUCUUGAGAAGCAUGAUCUGGAUCUUAUUUGCCGUGCUCACCAGGUUGUGGAGGACGGGUAUGAGUUUUUUGCUAAUCGGCAACUUGUAACUGUAUUUUCUGCACCGAAUUAUUGUGGAGAGUUUGACAAUGCUGGCGCUAUGAUGAGCGUAGAUGAGACAUUAAUGUGCUCCUUUCAAAUAUUAAAACCUGCCGACAAGAAGUCCAAAUUCAGCUUUGGAAGUACAACUACUGCUAAACCUGGAUCUCCUACUGGAAUGAAGUCCUUUUUUAAUUCCAAAGCAUGAGAAGCAGCUUCACGAUGCGGGGAUUUAGCAAGAACUGUUGAAGCGCUUGAAAUUACCGUUUUCUGCAGUCCUUGCAGUCCUUUCUCAAUGCCAAAAGUAUGAGAGCGAAGCCAACUACAGAAGUUGCCAUAGAAGUCUUUACUUAUAUAGUGGAUAGAUGAAUUACCAAAACUUAAUGAUCAUUUUAACCAUGGUGGAUGUGUAAAAAAGUAUGAGAAAAUGAUGGAAAACCAUACUUAGAUUUUUUUUUUUCUGGCUCAAAUUGUAAGCUAUGAAGCAUCUCUUUAUUUUGUGCAACUAAUCCUUAACACAUGGUAAUGGCCCCUCUCUCU